AGGCGAAAUGAAACGAAGCUUCAACGGCGACGAUAAAAGCGUAAGGCGGAGGAUGCAGGGAAGGGGAAACACGGAGAGCUUCCAAAGACCUCUUCCAUGGCCACCGCCGACUUCUCUUCUCUCUCCUUAAGACCCUAAUCCUGAAUCUAGAUCGGUGAUGUUUGGGGAGGAAUGAGGCCGAGGGACCAGUGCCUGACGACGCCGCAGGAGGCGGCGGAGACGGCCGUCGCGGCUAUGGGCUGCGGCUACGAUCUCUGCUCAGACCUAAGGUUCUCUUACUGCAAGGCUGGGCCGUCCGGAUCGCGGCUGAUCGAGCUCGACGGAACCCUAGCUCAUGACCUCGUGUUGCCCGGUGGAAUCGUGGUUCCCGGCGUCCCCCACUCCAUCAAGUGCGACAAGGGGGAGAGGAUCCGGUUCCGCUCUGAUUUAGUCUCUUUCCACCAGAUGGCAGAGCAGUUUAAUCAAUCGAUGUCGUUGUCUGGGAAGAUUCCGUCAGGCUUCUUUAAUGCCAUGUUUCAAUAUCGGGGUUGCUGGCAGAAGGAUGCAUCUGGAACAAAGAACCUUUGCUUUGAUGGUUGGUUCAUAACGCUCUACAGCAUUGAGCUUGCAAGGUCCCAUAUAGUCCUCAGUGAACAAGUUAAACAGGAUGUUCCAACUUCAUGGGACCCUGCUGCAUUGGCAGAAUUUAUUGAAAAAUAUGGUACUCACAUAAUUGUUGGGGUGAAGAUGGGUGGUAAAGAUGUAAUUUAUAUUAAGCAGCAGCAGGAGUCAGUUCUUCAGCAAACUGAGGUGCAGGAUUUGUUGAAGAGAUUAGCUGAUGAAAGAUUCUCUGAAGAUUUCUAUGGGAACUUCAUUUUAGGAGCUGAUGGAUUUUCGAAAAAGCUGAAGGACAGAAAGUUGACUGAUCAGGAGCGCAACUUAGCAGUUCUAAAGUCAGCCAGAUCAUCUAUUGUAUUUCACUCAAAGAAGGAUGAUAUCGUAAGCAUUCAUGUUAGAAGAGGAGGAAGCAACACCAAGCAUAGCCAUAACCAAUGGCUUUCAACUAUUCCACAGUCCCCAUCAGUGAUAUCAAUGUCUUUUGUACCUAUAACCUCUCUUUUAGGUGGUGUCCGAGGUAGUGGAUUUCUAAGUCAUGCAGUGAAUCUAUACCUUCGUUAUAAGCCACCAUUAGAGGAACUUCGUCAGUUUUUAGAAUUUCAAUUACCUCGUCAAUGGGCUCCAGCAUUUGGGGAGCUCCCUCUUGGUCCUGAGCGCAAGAAGCAUAGCAUGCCAUGCCUCCAGUUCACACUUAUGGGCCCCAAGCUUUAUGUUAAGACAGCCGAGGUUGAUUCUGGAAAUCAUCCAGUGACAGGAAUUCGGCUAUACUUAGAAGGCAAGAAGAAUGAUUGCCUGGCGAUUCAUCUCCAACACCUUUCUGCACUCCCCAGUAUCUUGCAACUAUCUGAUGACACUCCUUCAGCUGAUGAUGACAGCUACCCGAACGAACGAGCCUACUAUGAGCCCAUCAAAUGGACGCUACUCUCACAUGUUUGCACGGCUCCGGUCCAGUUCAUUGGGAGCAUCGAUGAUUCCGCCUUCAUAGUGACCAAGGCCUGGCUGGAAGUGAGAGAGAUCGGUCUGAGGAAGGUGCUCUUUCUCAGGCUUGGCUUCUCCAAUAUCGCUUCCAUGAGGAUCCGGCGGUCGGAGUGGGAUGGGCCCACCAGCAUCACUCGGAAAUCAGGCUCCAUCUCAGCUUUGAUCAACUCACGUUUCAGCACAGGUCAGAUGCCUGAACCUAAGCCAAAAAUGGAGGUGAACUCCGCCAUAUUUCCGAAAGGCCCCCCCGUACCAAUUAGGGUGCCACGGAUGUCUAGGUUUGUGGAUACUACUGAAAUGAAGAGGGGGCCAGACCAGCUGCCAGGGUAUUGGGUGGUGACUGGGGCUAAGUUGUGCGUGGAGGGUGGCAAGAUCUCUCUUAAAGUCAAAUAUUCUUUGUUAGUGCCAAUGCCUGAGGAUGACUUCUGAUCUGAAAGAUUAUUCAGCAGAAAUGAGCGUCCGAUGUCCGAGGGGGAUGAUAAAAUAAUCUCAUGUUACUCCCACCUGACACUGCAAUUACUAUGAUAUGAAGGUGAAAACACUGCUGCUGCAGUUUAAAACCCAGAAAUUUUAGUCCAUGUUGUCAUCAAGCAUUUUCGCCUCAAAUUUUUUCUGUCCAAAAUGGUAGUUGUUUAUUUGUACAUUGUUCUGAAUGUAUUGCAAACUUAGCGAUUGAAAUUUAAAACGUUCUCAAA